GGCUUUCAUUCUUACCAUCAUAUCUAUCUCUUUUAACCACAAUGCGUGUAAAGAAAAGAGCUUCUAAACGUCUUGGAACGAAACAACGUGAAAAGGUGAAAAGAAAGGUUAGAGAGCAUCAUCGCAAAUCCAGAAAAGAAGCAAAGAAUGAUGUCACUUGGAAAUCCAAGAAACGUCAGGAUCCCGGUAUUCCAAGCAGUUUCCCAUACAAAGAACAACUCUUGAAUGAAAUUGAACAACGUAGAAAUCAGGUCGAACAGGAAAAGCUAGCUGCAAAAGAGGCUAGAAAGAAUGGAAACGCAGAAGCAGAGGAAAGUGAAGAGGGCGAGGAAACGAUGGAUGAAGAUAACGAAGGAACAUUUGAAGAUGCUCAAGCUUCAACAAGUGCAGAUGUCCUACCCACAUCAUACACUGGCUCUCUUAAAACGUUCUUAUCGGAAACAUUGGCUCGUGACGCAGAUCCAAAUGUUGUCUUGACAAUCUUGGUCCUUGACGCUCGUAUUCCAUUCAAAUGGCGUGUAGAGGAAGUCGAAAAGCAGAUCAAAAAGAUUGGUUGUCCGAUGAUAUACGCUAUUGCAAGAACAGAUCUAGUACCAAGAGAAGAAUUGUGUGUCUAUUCCGCUCAGUUGGCUCUGGAACACGCCGUCUUUCCCGUCUGCAGCCCUGCACCCGCCAUGAACGGCAUUCCUGCCAGACAAGGCGGUGGUAUAACAACUUUGGUCGAAUACAUCGAAAUGCAAGUUGCUCAAGCAAAGAAGAAGAAGAAGAGCAGCAAAGCUCCAGCAGUUGCUAUCAUUGGAAUCGAAAAUGCAGGUCGUACAUCAUUGGCUAACAUUUUGGCAUCCUCCUUGCCUGAAGUGACAAUUCUGGAUACUCCGGGAAUCUUGCUAGCCUCAUCAAGGAUUGCACAUCCGGAUGACGUGAAAGCCGCAGAAGAACAAGAAGCUCAGGAAGAGAAAGAGAAAGAGGAUGAUGAAGAGGAAGAGGAAGACGAAUUUUAUCAAAGGCAACGUGAUCGUGAUGCUGCUUCAAGACUUCUCAUUCGCAAUGCAGGUUCCAUCUUCAAAGUUCACGAGCCAUUGCCGCUAAUCAACGAAUUGAUGGAUCUUAUCGCCAGCAAGAAAAAUUUGAUGAUGAUCUAUAAUACACCUGCUUUUGUCGAUGCAAACGAUUUCUUGAUCGGAGUUGCUCGUUCUUCCGGACAUUUAAAGAAAGGUGCAAUUCCUGAUACAAUCGCAGCCGCAAGAACGGUUUUACAUCAAUGGUCAACCGGCACAGUGGGAUAUUAUUCCAGAGCACCAAGCGCAAUCACCAUGACUGAAGAUGGCACAGAAUCGCAUUAUGAUAAUUUGGAAACUAUUCAAAAUGUGAUCGAACAUGAUGAAAGCCUUGCUGCAAUUUGUCUACCACGAAAAGAAUGGCGUAAAAAAUGGAAAGGUAAAGAGCUUCGCUUGCUUCCUGAAGGCAGUGGUAUGUUGGGCUUCGAACCCAAACUUGCCUUUGUUAAGACGGAGGAUGAGGUGGAAGUGGCAGAGAGCGAAGAGGACGAUGAAGACGUCGAGUUUGACGAUGAUGAGGACGAGGAGGAUGAUGAUGAAGACGAAGAAGAGGACGACGAAGAAGAUGAGGAAGAGGACGAAUGAGGCCAUAUUUUAUCGCACGCAUUAUAUUGUACUUUAUUUCUUUCAACUCAAUCAUACUUAGG